GAGGAGUAAACAAGGAGAGUGUGCAAUAGCUGUUAAUACGUGGCCUGGUGUGCUCUCUCAUUUGCUGUGGCACUUGAAGGUUUGGUGGGCUUGAGAUAAUGAGCCUCUAUGUAAGCCACAGAGGAGGAGGGAUGGUGAGCAGAGAGUGAUUUUUUCCCCUUCCUAGCAGCAGUUGCAUUGCAUCUAUAUUUGACCCUGGGAAAAGUCUGUUCGGUUUUCACAGCAUCUGAAGGCCAGAGGUCUGCUUCCUUGGAAACAGUAAGGAGCAGCAUUUUUCACCCACCUGAGCACCUUGGAGGUUUCCUUGGUCGUCUUAGCAAUCAUGACUGAAUUAUUCCUUGCCUCGCCUGGAGGACCAUCACUUUUGGGAUAAAGGUGACUGAAAGACAAUUGAAUAGCCCUGGCAGGGGAGAGAGAAAGAGGAGGAGAAAUGGCUUAAUUGUGGAAGGUGACAAAGACUGUUCAGUAUUAACCCGGGACUAAGAAAAGAGUAUUCAAACACCCGGAACCACAGUAUUAAGUAAAUCAUAGUAUCCUGCUGCACUACGGUAGUAAGACACCACUUUGCCUUGUUGGAGGAAACUGGGGACGUAGGAUCUUAGCCAAAUAUUCAAAAUGGUAAUGCAAAGAUAUCUCCUAACCUAUACGGGAGUGGUGCUCGCUUUAUACUUUCAUCACCUCAUCAGAGCCAUUGAAGUCCCUCGGGAUCCAAGUAUUCAAGAUACAUUGCCUCAACCCCCUACUAUUACAAAGCAGUCUGUGAAAGAUUAUAUUGUAGAUCCGAGGGACAACAUCUUCAUUGAGUGCGAAGCAAAAGGGAACCCCACUCCCACAUUUUUUUGGACGCGAAAUGGAAAGUUCUUCAAUGUUGCAAAGGACCCAAGAGUAAGCAUGAGACAUUGGUCAUCGGGUACACUGGAUGUUGACUUCCGUAGCGGUGGCAGGCCAGAAGAUUAUGAAGGGGAAUUUCAGUGUUUUGCUCGGAAUGACUUGGGGACAGCCAUCUCCAACAAAAUCUUUCUGCAGGUUUCAAAGUCUCCCUUGUGGCCAAAGGAAAACUUAGACAUUCAAGAGGUUCACGAAGGUGCUCAUCUUAUCUUGGCAUGCAAUCCCCCUCCUGGACUGCCGCCUCCAGCUAUCUUCUGGAUGAGCAGCUCCAUGGAGUCAAUCCACCAAGACAAGCGUGUCUCCCAAGGACAGAAUGGUGACUUGUAUUUCUCCAAUGUCAUGCAGGAGGAUGCCCUGACUGACUACAGCUGUAAUGCUCGCUUUGCCUUCACCCACACCAUCCAGCAGAAAAAUCCUUAUAACCUCAAAGUCAUGACCACCCGAGGUAUCACAGAAAGGCACCCCAGCUUCAUGUACCCCAUUGGGACUUCAAGCAAUCAGAUGGUGCUGAGAGGGGAAGACCUCUUGCUGGAAUGCAUUGCCUCGGGAGUCCCAACACCAGACAUCGUAUGGCACAAGAAAGGAGGUGAUCUCCCAGCAGGCAGGACCAAGCUGGAGAACUUCAACAAGGCUCUUCAUAUUGCCAAUGUUUCUGAAGAAGAUUCUGGGGAAUACUUCUGCUUAGCUUCCAACAAAGUGGGAACUAGCCGUCACACAAUCUCGGUGAGAGUGAAGGCUGCUCCUUACUGGUUGGAUGAACCUGAGAAUCUUAUUUUGGCUCCUGGUGAGGAUGGGAGACUGGUUUGCCGAGCCAAUGGUAACCCCAAGCCUUCCAUCCAAUGGCUGGUGAAUGGAGAACCUAUAGAAAGUUCCACUCCCAACCCGAGCCGUGAAGUAACGGGAGACACUGUUAUGUUUCGGGACAUCCAAAGUGGCAGCAGUGCUGUAUACCAAUGCAAUGCUUCUAAUGAACAUGGGUACCUGCUGGCUAAUGCCUUUGUCAGUGUGCUGGAUGUUAUUCCUCGGAUCCUUGCCCCUCGUAAUCAGCUGAUCAAAGUUAUUCUAAACAACCGGACUCGUCUUGACUGUCCAUUCUUUGGAUCCCCAAUCCCCACAUUACGAUGGUUUAAGAAUGGCCAGGGAAGCACGUUGCAUGGUGGCAACUAUAUUGUGCACGAGAAUGGGACUUUGGAAAUAAUCAGGGCUCGGAAAGAAGACCAAGGAACUUACACCUGUGUGGCCACCAAUCUCCUGGGCAAAGCACAGAACCAGGUUCGUUUGGAAAUAAAAGAUCUAACGAGGAUCAUAGAUGGGCCAAAGGAUGCUGUGCCAAAGAAGGGUUCCACAGUUCAUCUAAUGUGUCGGGUUAGGCAUGACCCCACGCUUAGACUUACGGUCACCUGGCUCAAGGAUGAUUCCCCUCUGUACUUUGGAAGCAGGAUGAAGAAAGAAGAAGAUGGCCUGACGAUAUUUGGAGUGGCUGAAAAAGAUCAAGGAUAUUACACCUGCGUUGCCAGCACCGAACUAGAUCGAGACACUGCCAGAGCCCAUCUCACUGUUCUGGCUCCUUCUUCUGUUAACCGUAUGACCCUACCCAAAGCACGUCCUGAACGUCCUCGUGAUCUUGAGCUAACUGACCUCGCUGAAAGGAGUGUGCGGUUGACGUGGAUUCCUGGCGAUGACAACAACAGCCCUAUCACAGAUUACAUUGUGGAAUUUGAAGAGGAUAGAUUCCAACCUGGAAGCUGGCACAACCAUUCCCGUUACCCAGGAAGCGUGAACUCUGCCAUCCUGCGCCUUGCGCCCUACGUCAACUAUCAGUUCCGAGUAAUAGCUGUGAACGAAGUAGGAAGCAGUUAUCCCAGCUUGCCUUCUGAGCGAUACCAUACGAAUGGGGCACGUCCAGAAAUUAACCCCACAGGAGUUAAAGGAGCAGGGACAGCCAAAAAUAACAUGGUGAUAUCCUGGACGCCACUAAAUGCAACACAAGUUUACGGCCCCAACCUCAAGUACAUUGUGAAAUGGAGAAGAAGGGACACGCGGGAGAGUUGGAACAACAGGACGGUAAAGGGUGACACCAACCAGUUCACUGUCACACAGACGCCCAUCUAUACACCCUACGAGAUCAAAGUGCAGGCCAAAAACGACUAUGGGGUUGCUAUGGAACCUGAGACCGUCAUUGGCUACUCGGGGGAAGAUUAUCCUAAGGCCGCUCCCACUGAUAUUAGACUCAAAGUUGUAAACAGCACAGCAGUCAGCCUGCAAUGGAGUAGAGUGUACCCGGAAACCGUCCAGGGACAACUUAAGGAAUACAGAGCCUACUUCUGGAGAGAAAGUAGUUUGCUGAAGAAUCUAUGGGUCUCUAAGAAAAAGCAGUCUAUGGGUUUUACUGGAGACCGGACACGGGGCAUAGUGUCCCGACUAUUUCCUUACAGCAACUACAAACUGGAGAUGGUUGUAGUCAACGGGAGAGGAGAUGGGCCUCGAAGUGAAACUCUGGAGUUCACAAUGCCCGAAGGAGCACCCAGUCCCCCAAGGUAUUUCCGAAUCCGCCAACCAAACCUGGAAACCAUCACUAUGGAAUGGGAACACCCUGAACACCCCAAUGGCAUUCUUAUUGGAUACACCCUUAGAUACCAAGCCUUUAAUGGAUCCAAAAGUGGCAGAACAUUGGUGGAAAACUUCUCUCCCAAUCAGACAAAGUUUAUACUCCAGAGGACGGACCCCAUAUCACGCUAUAGAUUCAACCUGCGUGGCAGGACACAGAUUGGGGAAGGUGAGCCUGCCACGGGGGAGUCGCCACUUCCACUGAAUGAAGUUCUUCCAACCUCAGUUGUAAUCUCUCCAACAACCAUCAGCCCUACUACCAUUGUGGCCACCACCACCACCACCGAAGCUACUACUAUCACAACCACCACAGAAGCUACCACCACAACCACGACAACAACAGAAGCUCCAACCACUACAGAAGCUCCAACCACCACAGAAGCUCCAACCACCACAGAAGCAGCCAUCACCACAAUUAUUGCUAGCACAAUAGGUAUCCCAGUAGAGGAUUCUGCUGGUGGUGCAAAGCAGCCUAUCUGGGAUGUAAAAGCUUCACCUAACAGUAACUGGGCAAACAUCACCUGGAACCACACGUUUGAUCCUGAAACUGAGUUUGUGGUUGAGUAUAUCAACAGUAACAAAACAGUGAAAUCUUCCCCUGCCAAAGGCUUUCUGGAGCUGGUUGACCUGACUCCUGGGGAGAAGUACAUAGUGCGGGUUUUUCUCAAGGGGAAUGAUACUAUCAGCUCGAACGUAACCUUUCAGACAAGUCCAGCCUAUAACAAGAACCAAGGGGACAUUGCAACUCAGGGCUGGUUUAUUGGACUGAUGUGUGCCAUCGCUCUCCUGGUCCUGAUUCUGCUGAUAGUUUGCUUCAUUAAGAGAAGCAGAGGAGGGAAAUAUCCAGUGCGAGAAAAUAAAGAUGUACCCCUGGACCCUGAUGACCAGAAGGUAGAUAAUGGGUCAUUUGAUUACAGUGAUGAAGACAACAAGCCGCUGCAGGGCAGUCAGACCUCUUUAGAUGGCACGAUAAAGCAACAAGAAAGUGACGACAGCUUGGUGGACUAUGGCGAAGGAGGCGAAGGGCAGUUCAAUGAGGACGGCUCCUUUAUUGGCCAGUACACAGUCAAGAAGGACAAAGACGAGACAGAAGGCAAUGAGAGUUCAGAAGCCACAUCGCCAGUUAAUGCUAUCUAUUCCUUGGCAUAACGCAAUACACUGAAACAGCAGCAGCAGCAGCAAGAAGACAUAUAGCCCGUGUGGGUCGGCAAAGUCACCAUCAACAGAAAGCAACUAGGGUAGGACCACAGAGAGCAAACAAAAACCCGACCAAGUGGUCAACAGGGCCAUCAUCUCUUUCGCAAACAAAGCAAAUGGCAUAGAUGCACCGGCUGCCGAAGCAAUCUUACUGCAGCUGAAAUCUGAGCUGACCCACAAGAGACCAGUAGAAGAGCAGGAUACACAGAUUCUACACCCCAGGCUUCAGAACUCGAACUGAAAUAAACACCCCUCUAUAUGUCUAAUUUGUGAGAUAAUGCAACUCCUUUCAUUAAUAAUGUACACAGCUGAUUUUUAUUUAAUUUUUAUUUUUGGGUUGUUGUGUUUUUUUAAAAAGGCUUCAAAGUUAUUCUCAGAAAAAGAAAUGCCCAAACGUGGGGGGGAAUCUGGAGCGAGAGGGGUGGAGAUGAGAGUAUAAUCCCCCGGUAAAAGCAGCAUAAAACCACAUUGCGGAAUCGGCUACUGGUAAAAACGAGGUUGUUUUAUAAACAGGAACCUUGAUGGCAAUUUAUUUCUGUCGGAGAUCAUUGUAGCCAAGCUCUGGCUUAAUAAUCCUCACUGAGCAAGGUGUAGGAUAUUCCUUCCUCUAAGAAGAAACAGUACUAUAUUGGGCUUCAGUGUGGAAGCUAUAUGCAUGGGGAGGGGGGUACUUGUUGCAUUGAGCCAAACUGUCUAUGAUCUCAGUUACUGCUAUACAAGUAUUGGUUCUGAUGCAGGUGCCGCCGUGGCAAGGUUUUCAUCCCUCUGCCCAUGCUAUUUAGCGUCCUUCUCCAAAGAAAGAGUUUAAUGGAAACAGUUGCAUCUUUCUGCUAAUCCAGGGUAGGAAAACGUAAUUGGGUUAUUGUUUUCCUGGAUAAAUGAUUGGGGUGGGGGUUGUUGUCCAUUCUUGUUGAAAGUAGUCAUCCCUCCCUAUGCUCACACGUGGUGUUAAUGGCCAUUCCGUGAACCUGCAUGUAGCAGGAAAGGGAAGAAGGGUGACCAGGGAAGAGCAACCAGUCUAUGCUUUCCUACCGCUAACCAAAAAAGAAUGGUACCUACUAAGAAUAAACUAGCCUGGCAUUAAACCCGCCAGCCACUUCUGUGAAAAGUUCAGGGAUUUCCAUUCCCUAUAUGUUUGAUGCAAAAGUACAAAGGCACUCAGAAUCCACCCUGAUUCAUCUUUCCAUUGUUCCUAUCAUUUGCAUAUCAGUCAGGGUUACUUUUUUUUUUUUUGGCUUUCAAGGUAAAAGCCACUCUGACACAUGCAGGGGCCUCAAUUAGCCUAAAAGAGGCUUUUUCCAGUACUUAAAUAAGCAGCAGCAUGGAGCUCACCCUAUCUUGUUAGUUACACAUCAAAGGCACUCAAGCUAACUUGCUAACACGCAGCAAACCUGCUUUCCUCAGAUACAGAUUCUGUUGUGACACUGUUCUUCCAUAUAUGCCUUAAACAGCUUCAUGCUUUCCCUGAAGCUUAAUAAACUAUGAAUAUUUACCCAUAGAUUAAGCCCCUGGUGUGAUGGUCUGUAAUCUGUCGAUGCAGUACAUAUAAGGUAGUUUCAGCUUGGUCAGUUGAGAAAGCAUGGGUCAUCGUAGAAGGUAGAGGUCCGUGUCGUGGUCUCUCCCCCCCCCCCCCGGUAAUAUACAGUAUUUAUGGAAUGCAGUAUGUAUUAUUUUCACUCCCUGCACUUUCAAAGCCAAAAGUAUUUAAAGAGAGAGAUUUGUCUCCGACAGUUUCGCAGCUGUAAAAUAACAUUUAGGGGAAACGCCGAUAGAUGUUUCAGCAUCAUUCUGAAAAUGGAAAUAGUUGUGACAUGGCUGAACUUUCAAACUGGCUUGCCUGAAAGGUAGCUUUGCUAACAAGGGUGUUUCUAAUGAAUGGGCAUAGACAUGGGCAUAGCUGCAGAGGGGCAGCUAGCCGCCCCCUCUCCAAAAAGUAAAUAAAUAAAAAUACUUAAAUAACUGACGCACAGAUAGCUCGGUUCUGCCUCCCCCCAACAAAAACCAUGGCUCCACCGAUGGGCAUAAAAUGCAGAAAUGGGGUUUAAUGUAUUCAGUAAGAGGCUGGGAUACGUUGAGACUUAAGAAGAAAUCAGCUAAAUGAAAUCUCAAAUGCAAGAAAACUGUCACCAACCCAGGGAAGAUUGUGCUGUGAGUCAAGCCAGGCAAACAGGCUAUAAUCUGUUAGUGGUACAGUAAAUGUAUCUCCUGGCCCUAUAGUUUUGCAUGCUUAAUUACUCCCUGGCGGGUUUGUCCAUUUUUUGACUUUGAUUUGAUCGAAUUAAAAGGAUCUCCUAAUUCUGACAUUGAGAAGAGGGAGCCUGUGGUCUCUAGAUGUCGCUGGACUGCAACUCCUGUCACCCCUGACCGUUGGCCAUGCUAGCUGGAGUGGAUGGGAGCUGGCACCAAAUGGCUGGGUGACCACAGGUUCACCUUCUCUGGUGGUGGCAGGGACACAACUUGGGACCUUUCGCAAGAAAACAUGCCCUACCACUGGGAACGUACCGCAACACAACUAAAUGCACCUUGCAUGCAUUUGGACUUUAACUGUUUGCGUAGUGGAACCACUGAAAGUGGCACCUCCCAAAAUGCUACACAUAUGUUUUCCAAUCCAGCCCACAAACUACAAAUUUCUAGCAUUAGGUAUACUGUCACUAGACUUAAGGCAGCAUUCCCAUAUAGAUUGAACUGACUAACUUUGCCCUAUCUACAAGUCACAAGAUAAAACCAGGCAUAUGUAGCCAGCUUUAUAUGAGACAUUUUAAAAACAACCCAGUUUAGUGUCUCAUUCGUACCCAGCAGUGCCUGCAAUCCUAUUCUGUGCACCAGACCUCUUGUGUGUGCGUGUGUUUUUUCCUCCCAAGCCUCCCUCAUACCAUCUGUUGAAAAAUAUUGUGGCUAAGCGGGUGGGCUAACUUUUAGUGGAUGUAGAGAUGCAUUGCAGCAGUUUGAUGAAAGCUGGAGAAAGACUGAAUUUUAACAAAAACAUUAAAUGGCUCUGUGUUCUUUUAGAAGGCAGUUCAGUUCUGAAACCAGGAUCUGACAGGGUUCUGCAUGCAGUGCUAUUUGCAGAACCUGCUCCAGUACCAGCCCGUUUGCUUUCCUUUAACUGCAGCAGGAAGAAUAAGUCUAACUUACAGUUGACAAAAUAUUGUUAGCAUUUGCCAUUAUAGUCAGUAUACUUACCUCAGGAAUGGAUUUGUGCUUAAGAGAUGAGAGAUGAGUUCGGAAGCUACAUAUCUUAUUAUUAAAGCCCUAUAUAAACGUAACAGAAAUAAAAGCCAAGAACACUUGGUGAGAUGUUUCUUUAUCAGGCUUGAAUUUUCUCAUAAGGAAUAAAUCAACUAAAUAGGUUCCUUCCCUGAAAAGUCAUUGAACUGCCAGUAACUCAUUCCUUGUUGUAUUCUUUGUGGGCGCCCUUGUAUAAAUGCGGGUAUGGUUUUCCCAGUAGACAGCAAAUUGCUCACCCCUGCCCUGGAGCCAUUUGAGGAUGUGUAUUGAGAUGGGUUUAGGCAAGCUAAGGAAGCCUUUCCGAAUUAUUAGAAGCCUGGACUUUUCCUGCAGCAAGGUACUCAACCUAUCCCUAGUCCAAUAUGAGUAGUACACUACCCCACCCUCUUGUAAUGGAUGGGGAAGGGGGCCUCAGCUGCAAGGGAGAGUUACGUGUGUGCUCACUGCUUUUUCUUAACUUUGGAAUCUAUGGGCUCUAAUGCAAGAGCACACUGCAUUCAAAGAAGAAAACAGCAGAAACUGCUGGGACAUUGCUACAGAGGGAGCAGGAGGGGGACAUCUGCUGCUGUAGGCCCUUCUUUAAGGGGGUACUGCAGAUGUAGAGAACCUUGGGCCUGUCAGAUGCUGCUGGACUACAACUCCCAUAACCCCUGGCAAUGAGCCGUGCUUGUUAGGGUUGAUGGGAGUUGUAGUUAGGCAGCAUCUGGAGGGCCAAAGUUUCCCCACUCCUUGGACUAUGGGGACAUCCCUGUGCUUCCAAAGGACUCCUGAGCAUUGAAAGAAUGACAUAAUUUGAAAAUAUCACAAAUUGGUGAGUGUGAGGAGAUGGCUGUCCCCACUAAUCAUGUCUCCUAGUACCCAGUAGAUGCUCAACUCUUCCACUAUCCACAUAGGUGCCAACUCCCUGGGGUCUUGGGUGCUUGGACACCCACAAAAUUCCCCAUGAAGGGACUGGACACCCACAAAUUUAGGUACCAGGGCCACGCACGCUGCAUGGCACCCAUGGCCCCAGGCACCCAUGGUUAUGGGGCCAAGCUGCCGCUCCUGACUAGCCACAUUCCACACAACACUAAGAAUUACACAUUGCAAGCUACCCAGGAGAAAGAUUGCAUUUCCCAGUUUUAAAAUAGAAAUUGAGUGCUGAGAAUGUGCAAUGUUCCUAUACAGAGUUCUACCUUGAAAACAACAACAUCUGGGAGUCUGAACAAAUGAGCAGCAAAUGCUUUUAUGCAAAAUGAAAAGAGAUCAGCUGGAAAGGCUCUUACCGUUGCCGAAUAUUGAGGGAAACCAAACAAAGGAGAAAAUGUGGCAUGCCUUGACAGCUUCUUUAACCACUGCUAUAGAACAGACAGCCAUAAGUAGACUUUAUUGUAUUUUAUUGAAAAGGUUUAUAUCUCUGUCUCAUGCACAGUAUUUGAGGUAGCUUCCAUCAACAGCAAUGCGUUUACAAUAAAAUAACAUCUAAGACUAUUGUUAAAUGCAACUAUAAAACCAGGCACAAUGCAUAUUGUGUUGUAGAUACUACUUUUAGUUAAGUUUUCGGAGGCAUACUGCCAUGCCACUGUGAACACACCUGAUGCCAUUUGAUCUUGGAAGCUAAUGGGUGUUGGACCUACUUAGCACUCGGAUGGGAUAAAAUAUUCGAGAAGGAUAUAGCAGGCUUUGUCAAGUUAGGGGCAAGACACAAGGUUUCAAAUACCAUAGGGUGCUCAUUGACUUUGGGGCCAGUUUGAUAGUUGACUGCAUCAGAAGACCUAUUUGCAUAGGCUAAAGUGAGAGCAAGAGAGAGAGAGAGAGAGAGAGAGAGCCAUCUUUCUAAUUUGAAUUCUGCUCUUCCUUCUGUCUUACACCUGAUAGCAGGUCCAGUUCUGCAACAUAAUAUUUAUGAUGCUAGGAGACAAGCAUUUUCCUGUGGAAUUGCCUUUAGCAGUCCUCUUUGCCCCAUCCAAGAGACUGACUAUCUGAACAAAUCUUCACUGACUUGAUCCACUUUAAGAAUUGAGUUUGGUGCAAGCAACACAGUCAGAGAAGUAGGCAGCCAUUGUUGAAACAUCAUUUAUAGUCUUCUUGACUGCUGAGAUACAGGGACAGGGAACCUGUGGCCCUUCAGAUGAUGGACCACAACAACGUCCAUCAUCCCUGACCAUUGGGCACACUGGUUGGGGCUGAUGGGAGUUGGAGCCCAACAUCUGGAUGGUCACAGAUUCCUAAACCUUAUUCUAAUUGUAGGACUAGUGAAAGAGCACACUGCCAACUUAUCACAGCAGAUAUGGAACCUGUUCCCCUAUGAGCUCAUCCUGCAUACCAGCCAGAUGUAGUAACACCUGACAUUUUGAACAGUUUCCUGUUCCUGACUCUAGAGGUUAUUGAGAUGUUGGCUCAUGUAACCAUAUCAUCUAUGCCACUCAGUUACCCAUUAUACCAUUCAUGGCUUGUGUUGAAAACUAUAAUAGGUUUAUUUCCAUUUUUAACUUUAGAAAUAGAGAUCUGACCCAUGUGUCUGUUAUGCAGAUCCUUCAUGUUUUUGAGAAAUUGCAGGCAGUUCCAGAUGUUGUUGCCUGCCUUCACUGUUGCUAAGUUGAGCCAGCAAGUUCAAAGAGGAGGCAAUCUCCAUGGUUUAUUUUGUGUGUGGCAGUUUGGAAGUAAAAUGAACACCUUUACCUUUUGUGGAACAUUAGAGUGGGGGAGACACAGACUCUGCCUUAUGUGCUGAUGAUGGUACAAUUACAGCAAAGGAAACAUGAUCUCGGACAAUCCUGACAUUGUCUUUCCACUCAAUUACCACCCUGUAGAAGUGACCCACAGGUCAACUAGCAUAACAGAGUCCUGACCCCUGCCAUCGAUCUGCCUAUAAUGACCUGGAUUCAUGUGUCUAAACAAGAUACAACCCUGCUACCUGUCAGGAAUAUCCGAGGAGAGUGCCAGUCAUUGAUUUCCAUUAGGGCUCAGCUUCUUGUUUACUGUGUUUCACCUGACUCAUAAUGACCUAUUGCGGCCUUUCCCCUCAUCCCAGCUGUAGCAGCUGCAAGAAAAAAAAACAAACCUUACUUUCACUUCCCGGAAUGUAGAGAAUGUGAAAUGUGGAAUAUUGACUUUGACCUAUAAAGGAAGCAUGCCUUGCACCAGGCUUAAUUUUAUGCUAGCGUCAAAAGUCUUCAGCUAAGCAAUAAUAAUAAUAAUGAUAGUAAUAAAAUGUGAAAUCCAUUUUGUUUUACGCAUUGCAGCUCAUCUUAAAUAAGAAGAGCCAGCAAGACUUUUCUGAUAGUAAGAAAUCCAGAAUGUCAUGUGGCUCUCCAUUUAACCCAGGAGUGCCUCUCUCUUGAUCUGUCCCUUUCAAGCAAAUUUCAUGGUAUGAUCAUGAUGUCAGAAGGCAGUCUUGGGCCCCCACCCCUUCGUGUUGAACCAAUGAAAGCAGAGAGACCACCCUUUGCACUAUGGAGGUUUCAAACACCACCAACAAAUUAUUGUGCUGCUUUCCGUUUGUUUUGUUUGUUUUUAAUUUGUAAAUAUCCACACUCACACACACCCUGUUCCUUAAAGUCCUCCCCAUUGCUCCAAUACAUUCUAUGUAAUUAUUUGCCUUCUUUUUAAACAAAUAAAAAAGGACAUUCUGUGUUAAUCUGCUUUCCAAUAGAUGAAUGCAUAUCUGAGACUGUAAAGAAUGAUUUACAGCGAGUAGCUUUACAGACUACGGAGACAUGUUUAAUAUAUGGGACUGCAUGAGCGAUUUGAAAAAGGCCAAAAUAUUCAGAAAUGUUUUUGAAUCACUGUAAAGAAAACUGAUUUUCUUUUUGUAUAGAGAACACUAAACAUAAUAAAAAUAUUGUU